AUGCGCUGGGGGGGGGGAGGGAGGGGGGGCUGGAGCGUUGGAGGGAAGGGGGGAGGCGGGAGGGGGGCGAGGCGGGGGCGCAGGGGGGCAGUGCGAGCUGGAAGGGGAGUGGGGGGCAGGCGCGGUGGGGGGGGAGAGGGGGCGGGAGGGGGCGGUGGGGUGGGGGGUGGUGGCGUGCGGGGGCCAGGCGGGGGGGUAGGUUGGUAUUGGGGGCGCGGGGGUAGGUGGGUGGAGGGUGAGGUAGAGGGCGGGGUUGGGGGAGGGAGGCGAGGGGUGGCGGGGUGGGUGGCGAGGCGUGGGGAGGUGGGGCGGGGCGCGUGGCGCGGCGGGGGGGUGGGGGGGGGGUGGGGGGGGGGGUUGGUGAGGGAGGGUGGGUGGGGCGGGGGGUGGGUGGGGGUUGUUGGAGUGGGUCGUCGGUGGGCCGGGUGGUGGAGUGAGGGGGGGGGCAGGUGGAGGGGUUACGGGGUGGUGUGGGUGGUUGGCGGGCGGGGCUUUGUGGUUUGGUGUGAAAUAUACAAAAACAUCCUAACACCACCGGGGGGGGGGGGGCGGUGGCGAGGGGGUCUCGGAGGGGGGGGGGGGGGUCGGGGGGGGGGGGGGGGGGUGGGAGGGGCCGGCUCGUGGGGGGGAGGAGGGAGGUGUGGAGGGGGGGUGGGGGGUGGGGAGGGGCUGGGGGGGGGGGGGGGAGGGGUGGGGCGAGGGGGCGGCGGGGGCGGGAGCGCAGGUGGGGGAGCGAGGGGUGGGGGCGCCGGGUGGGCGGGAGGAGGGGGGGCGGGAGGAGCGGGGGGGGGGGGGAUGGGAGGGGAGGUGGGGGGGCGAAGAGGGGGAGGGUGUGGUGAGGGGGGGGGGGGCGUGGAGGUUGGGGAGGGGGUGUGGGGGGACGGUGGCAGGGGGCAGCGGGGGGGAGGGGGGGGGGGGUGGCGGGGGGGGGGAGUGGGGGGGGGGGCGAGGGGGGAGAGUGAGGGAGGAGGAGCAGUGCGGGGCUGGGUAGGGGGGGGGGGCGUGGGAAGAGUCCGGUGGGGGGGGCAUGGAGGGGGUGGCCUGGGGAGGAGGGGGUGGGCGGUGUGUGGAUGGCGGGGUGGGGAGGAAGGGGGUGGGGGGGGAGGGGGCGCGGGUUGGGGGGGGUUGGGGAUGAGGGGUACUGGACGGAGCGGGGUGGGGGGGCUGGGGAAGGUGGUGGGGGGGGUGGGGGUGGCGGGGGGGGUGGAGGCGGGUGGGAGUACGGGGGGGGGGGCGAGGGAGGGGGGGGGGGUGGGGGCGGGGGGUGGGGAGGGUUGGGGGGUGGCGGGCGAUGAACGGGGAGGUGAGGUGUUGGUGAGGUGGGGGAGGGGGGGGGUGGAGCGGGGGGGGUGGGGGCAAAGGGUGUGGGUGGGGCGGGCGGCUGCAAUGGGGGAUCGGGGGUGGGGAGGGGGGGAGGGCGGGGGGGGGGCUGGGAGCUGA